UACUCUAUGGAUGGGUCCCACACCCUAUGUAUUUAUAACGGAUAUCGAUUUAGCUAAAGAAGCCUACAAUCGGAACGAACUUUCAGGACGACCUAAAACGGCAUUUAGCAAUUUGGUAUCAAAUGAUAAUUACACGGAUGUAUUGUUUGCUGAUUUCAGUCCUAAAUGGCUAGCGUUGAGACGUGUGGCACAUCUGGCGGUCAGAAAGUAUUCAAUAGUUGAUCGAUUGCCACAAUUAAUAGCAAAUAUUGUCGACCAAACUGUUAGUUUAAUGUUGAACAGGGAGGACAUCAAUACUGGUUUUCAAACAUUUGAUUACAUAUAUCUUUUAUUUUUGAAUAUAAUGGCCGCAUCAGUAUUUGGCAAAAUCUAUGAUAUCGAGGACCAGGAGUUUCGUAAAUUAAAUUAUAUAUUUCACGACUUUUUCAAAGAGAAUGCCCAACGACUGACUUUCCACGAGUUUAUGCCUGUUCUCCAGUAUGUCGAUCGCGAGGUUGUCCGCCGCCGGAAGCAAUACAUUGCCGAUACCAGAGAACUGGUUCAAAGUAAAUACAUUUCCCAUUAUAAUGACUUCAAUGAGACAGAUAUCCGAGAUUUAUGCGAUGCCCUAAUACUGGCCAAACGGGAGGCUAUCCGGGAUAGCAAAGAGUCAGCAGUGUAUCUCAACGAUGAUAAUAUAACAAUGGUCAUAUGGGAUCUAUUUAUUGGCGGUGUCGACACUACACAUAACACAUUCAAAUGGCUUUUACUAUUGUUAGCCAAACAUCCCGAUUGUCAACAACGGCUGAGAAACGAAAUUGAAGUCAAUAUUGGCGACCGAUUGCCAGUACAGGAGGAUAGACACCGGUGUCACUAUACAAUGGCAUUCAUAGCCGAAACAAUGCGCUAUCGAUUGGUCGUACCGCUCGCUAUGUACCACAAAGCAGUAGUCGACACCCGAAUCGUCAAUCACAACAUACCUAAGGGUACCGGUAUUUUUGUACAUCACUAUCACAUACUUAACGACGUGAAACAAUGGGAAUCUCCCGAUCAGUUUAAGCCCGAAAGGUUUCUGGACUCCGACGGCAAAUAUGUUACAAUCAGACCACCAGCUUAUAUAGCGUUUGGUUUGGGUAGACGAAGCUGUUUGGGAGAAAAGUUAGCUCAGGUAUCACUAUUUCUCGUAUUGGUUCGCUUACUACAGAAUACCAGUGCAUAUAAUAUAGAUGUAGAAUCGGAGGCCAAUCUGGAGGCAAAUUAUCAAAUUAUUGAUUCACUGCAACCAUACGAUUAUAAACUUACAAAAUAA